CGCGUCAUCAAAUAAUACUGUGAUAUUACUGAAUUAAUUAGAAUCAAAAUAAAUGAUAAAACCACGAAUGAGUGUCUAACUUCUUUCAACACCCAGAUCCGGCAUAAAUAAAUAAUUAAUGAUAAAAUAAAAUUUACAUUAUGGUCCCUCGAGCCGGAUCGGGUGUUGGAAAUCGCGUAAAAUCUUCACAGACUCUAAAUUCAUCGCGCUAUGUGUUCAAGUUUUAAUUCAACAACUAAUUAACUCAGAUUCACUCACGUAUGGAAAUCAACGGCAAUCGUCUACAAUCAAUUCCAAUCCACUCAGGAAAUCGAAGGAUGUCGGAUCUGCAUGAGAAUCUAGAGGCGAUACUUCAAGAGGACAUGUCUCGUGACUUACCCGAGACGACAAUCAUCGCCGAUGGCUUUCUCCAACCGUCAUCCUCACCUGAACGCACCCACACAACUCAAGCUGAUGAUAUGGAUCAAGGAUACAUCAGUGACUCCAGUGACAUUUCAUUCAUUAGCUCACAAUCAUCUCAGGACUUACCCAGAAAGAGCAUGUCCUGGUAUCUUGCUCGCAUAUUCGAGUUCGAGCUCAAGGUCAUGAGUCAGAUCACUGGACUCAAAACGCUGCAAGGUCAUGAGAAUCUUUCAGCCACAUUCACGGAAUCUGAUGGAUUUGACUUCAUCCAUUCACGCCUUGCUCUCCUGGAGGACGAAUGGCAUCGGUUCACCUCCACUAAUGAUAGUUUCACUCAAUUUUGCACUGUGGACGUCCUGACAAGCUCAUACGUCCAAGAUAACAUUUAUGAUCAAGCCUACACAGCAUAUAUUGAUGCAAAACUCAACCUAACCACGCUUAUCAACAAAAUCAAUAUUUCAUCAGAUACUUUCAAGAUCAACACGCAGCUCAACUCGCAACAUUCAGUAAUCAAUCUUCCAUCACUUAAUAUCAAGCCAUUUUCUGGAGACUAUGGACUAUGGCCCGAGUUCAAGAAGACAUUCAUGUCUUUAGUAAUCAACAACGUUGGAUUAGCACCAGUGCAAAGGCUCCAUUAUCUGCAGACCAGCCUGACUGGUUCAGCUGCGUCAAUCAUAGCACAUUUUCCAAUGUGUAACUCUCAAUUCAUACACGCUUGGAAUAAAUUGCUAGCAAAGUAUGAUAAUCAUCGAUUAUUCAUUAGUGCUCACUUGGACAGGCUACUAAAUAUUCCUAAAAUCAGCUAUAAUUCGACUGCUCAACUUCAACAGUUCAUUGAUUCGGUAAGUGAAUCAAUCACUGCACUUAAAAGUCAACAAGUCAUUCUUGGCGAGAGUGAUGAAAUUCUUCUCACUCAUUUACUUAUCUCCAAGCUAGACAGGUAUACGCAAAAAGCUUGGAACACCACCCUGCGAUCAUCAACAGAUUAUCCAACAUUCAAACAGCUUUCCAAGUUCCUGGCUGAUCGCUCACGAUCACAAGAACGGUUCAACACUUCAUCUCACAACACUGGAUCAAAUCACAACCACAUUCACCGCAUCAACUCGUCAAAGCAAGAUGUUGCUAGCUCCAGCACAUUGGUGGACAGUCAACAUCCAUCAAGACACUUAAUUAAUGAUGACAAACCAUUACGCAAGCCAACAGCAAAUCAGUAUCCGUGUGAGUUAUGCAAGGCUUCUCACUUCAUUGUGCACUGUCCUCAAUUUAAUAAGUUCACAUCAACUCAACGAGCUCUGGUUGUCAUCAACAAAGGACUGUGUCCAAAUUGCCUUGGACGUCAUAUUCUACAAUCGUGCAAAACAGCACUCAGGUGCAAGGUCUGCCACCUAAAACAUCACACCAUGAUUCACCAUGGACUUGUCCAUGUGCAGUCAACCAAUCAACCAACGUCAGCUCAGGAUUAACCACGAUCAAUGUCAAGGCUGAUUGAUCGCUUAACCAGUACUCACCUCUACUAGCUAAAUCAUCAGGAUCAACGUGCUGAAAAUCAUCGCUCAAAUACUGAAGUCGUUAGACAGUCAUCACGAAUCAGAUAAGUACUCUUCCAAUUACACUGGUGUAAUUUCGUGCUCUAAUUUCGUUUCAUUUCAGAAUUUCUGACCAAGGAAGCAUUUCUGAAAUACUGAGGCAAUAUACAUCAUCAUAAUCUCCAGCGAUUCAUCUGUAACGUGAUGCAUCCAUUCAUCCUACGCUCAAGCUUGACCUCAUUGAUACGUCAAGUUUUACCUGGUCACUAGACACCUGAUUCACUCAUGGCGGGCGGAUUGCUGCCUAAUUACACCUGCAAUCACUUUCUCGGAAUCACUUCACCUCUACGCAUCGACUAUCAGUGCUUUAGUCUAGAUGCAUUCAACUACAUCGCAGCAGUUAAGCAAUACUCUUAGUGAGAGUAAAUUUACACACAACAAAUUCGGAUCAACCACUCAGUCAGGAUGUCGAUCAUGAUAACAACCAGCACAUUGAUUCUUGAUCCAGCUCCAGUUAAACUCUUCACCGAGCAUUCAUCAAUGGAAAUCCUAUAACAUAUCAGAAAGUUUUACAUUCAAGAUCCACUUGGGCAUUUUAUUCAUACUCGACUCAGGAUCACGGUGCAGGACCACGAUUCAACACUCCUCUAGGACAAUCCAAGGACCACGGUCUUGGAACAAGACUCAUAGAGAUCUAGCCUCAACUAGCACCACCAAGAUGGAUCUACACACUCGUCCACGUACUCGCGAAAUCGAAUUCCAAUCCCUGGAAUUAACACGGAGGAACACGACGGCUUCUGUGCAUCAAAACGUCCAAUCAAGAUCACUCACCAUGAAGUUACGCUGCUUCAUGUACAUCCAGUAAUCUCAUGACAGAUUGAGACAUAACGUGAUGUCACUAUUGAGUUGGCAUACUCAUAUUCGCCAAGAGAAUAUUCAAUCAGACCUGUUCACGUAAUCAAGCCAACUAACUCAAUGGACGUAAUUUACACGUGGAGUUAUCAUACCUUGAAGUUGAAAAUUCCUAAUCAGAGCAUUGUGUCAAUCCAACAUCAUCUCCAGUGGCCAAUGGAGAUCAACAUCUGGAAGGAAUCACUCAACGGAUAGUGUUACUCGUACUCAUCGAGGCUUUCGUCGGCUCAACAGUCACUUGACUUUGUGGUGGUCUGGCCCACCAACUGCUCACUAACUCCUUGUCCUAGUAAUGAACUCUUCAAUGUAAAUUGUACAUCACAUAAAUUCACGGAUGAGGACUACAAGUUGUCAUCAAUCACCUUCAAGACAUUCAUCAAGAAUUCAGUGUACCCAACUCACUUAAUCAAUCUAAUAAUUAUCUGAUAUCUCCAGCUCCUACCUCAACUGGAUUCGUGACUCUCUGCAUUUCUCUAAGUUAUCAUCGAUCCACUUCUGACACCAUGGACAUUGAUGAGACUACGAGAUUGUCAGAACUUUACAAACAGUCCACAACAAUUAAUCCUGCAAGCAUAUCAACGAAUCCCAGGCUCCAAUCAAUCUUUCUGAUACUCGUCAGCGUAAUAUUAUUCGGUGAAAUCAUUACCGGCUCACCAUCAGUUUUAAUCAAUUCAGGACAACACAACUCACCAGUAAUUAUUUCAACAACAGCACCAAGGCUGUGACAUUCAAUCAACUACAACGCAGUGCAAUAGAGCUUGCUGGAUCAUUAAUUCAAGCUUAUCAUUCACGACUCAGCUUCAUGAUUGAAGAAUUUACAACCCUUUAACAGAAUGAAGCAAGUCUCACGUCAGAAGUGUCCAAACGGUUACAAGCUACCUGUACUGUACUCGACAGCAACUGUGGAUCAACAUCAACGCCCUUACUGGUCUCAAAUGACUCAUUAUGGAAGACCAUAAAUAAUUUAUUCAAUUCAGCAUUCCACUGGAAUCAGCAUUAUCUUCAGCUCAGCCACAGUACACUUUACUGGCGUAAAUCUAAUUACAUGAUGCAUUUAAUCGUCCAGCAAGCCCUGUCAAAUUGAAGGAAGGAAGCCAACGAUAAAUGUAUCAACGCAUCAUCCCACACGCACACUCACAGGAUUAUAUUUAUGUUGGAGGAAUUUACAACUCAUUCAACACAAGUAAAGGUCAUUUUGAAUUCAUGAUUCAAGGAGGUCGUCACCAACGAUCAACAACAUCUAUCUACGCUCGCUCCAUGACAUGUCCACAUUGAGAGGACACUCAACGGCUCCCUUGGAUCAUCUCUCCUGGGCACGGACGUCUCAAGGUCGCCUCAAAGGCAAGCUAUUCAGCAACGCGUCCAGCAGUUCUGGACACACUGGUUCACGAGCUGCAUUCAACAUGUCUCGUGACCUACCCGAGACAAUCUUCAACGACAUCUGGCACGGACCAAGUGGCAUCAUGCUCGCAACAAUACAUUGCUCAUCUCACCAGCUCCACUUAUUGAUGACCAACUCCACCAGUUCACUGAUCAUUGGCAAAGUGAUUGUAUACCAUCCUGGGAAGGAUGACCUCACUCCAGUGGUGAUAACUCCGACAUCCACUAGUACCCUCACUCGACCAAUCUACAAGCACGCACUCCUGCCACUUACUCCAGGACCAGAUGCUUAGGAUAUCUCUAAUCAACACAUCUAUCCAAUGAAUCAUCAAGGACUCCAAUCAGCAACUCCGUUCCUGAUGGCGGGCGGAAUGUUGCGUAAUUAUCAAGUAUUCGCGCCAGAACACUUGGUAACUUCGCAAUCUACUACACCAGAGGUGCUGCUAUGGACGCGCCCUCUGAUUCUCGGGAUUCAGCUACGCGCCAAUCCUUUAUUAUUAGCCUCCACGUGCUCCAGCUCAAUGAUCCAAUUGUGAAAAUCAAUUAAGCUCAAUCCACGCUCUGAUUCAAGUCACAAGGCCAAUCAUCGACAAUUAUUCAGUUUGGCAACUCAGGUAUUCAUUAGAGUAUUUAUUGAUCGAAUUUAUAUUAAAUUAUAAUCCGGUUGACAUCAUGCAUAUUCUAACCUCGUGCUGGCUUCUCCAUGCCGAGUGUUAUUUUCCACCUUUAGAAAUCCAUCUACAUUUUACAUUCAUACAAUAAUUAAUAUUUAUACUCUGCAAUCACAAGGAAUUAAAUAAUAUUCAUUAACAUUCCAUUGAUCUAAUGACUCAUCAAUUUAAUAAUCGAUAAUUAGUUAGUCAUCCCUGGCUAAGGUGAUAUCAUCACCAACCCAGCCAGGUAUGCCCAUAAUCUCUAAUUACUUUCAAUUAUCAUACUUGUGAUUGCAAAGUAGUCAGUUCACGUUCAGACUUCACUCUGUUCAUAACUCGGUUCAUCACUCGGUUCAUAACUCGGUUCAUCACUCGGUUCAUCACUCGGUUCAUAACUCGGUUCAUCGUUCGGUUCAUUUAUCGUUCAACAGCAUUGUCGCGUCAUCAAAUAAUACUGUGAUAUUACUGAAUUAAUUAGAAUCAAGUGAUCUAAACAAUUAUUAAUAAUAAUCUAUAUUUGUGUAUUAAUAAACUCGAUAUCAUCGCUCGUACCAAUUAUUGUCGCGUCAUUAAUAAUUUUAUUGUGAUAAAAUAAUAACUCAACAAAUUCAUAAAAUUAAUUUACUCUGAGCUCGUCAUCUGAAUCUUGUUACAAUUGAUUUAUUCACGCUCUUACUAAUUUUAUUAAUAUUUGUGUAUGGUGCCAACAUAUUGAUAACUCAUUUGCAAAUUAUAAUUACACUAUUUUAUAUGCUUUACUAAUAACUAUUCAUAUUAAUUAAUUACAUAUUUAAAAUAAAUCACAAAGUUAAUUCCACACUAGUUAAUAAGAAUCAAACGUGUUCAAUAAGUUAUCUGUGAUAUUUUAUAGAAUAAAUGAUAAAACCACGAAUGAGUGUCUAACUUCUUUCAACACCCAGAUCCGGCAUAAAUAAAUAAUUAAUGAUAAAAUAAA